CUCUCCUUCCCUCUCGACGCCCUCGCCUCCUCUAAAGCUGCCUGUUUUACUGUCUCGCUUGUUGGUUCCGUACUUAUGAUCCUCGGUUCCCAUGCCGUCGAUUGACAGCGCCGUCCGAAUUUCGAUGCCCUAUUUCUAUAGCUGCAAUUGCUAGGGCACCUUGCAGAUGAUCAUCAGAUAGGUUGCUGUUUGAGGAUUCCCAAAUCUUUGGACCCAUGUUGAAGUCUAGUAUACCGGGUUUACUUCGUUGCUGUAACAACACAAGAGAAUUCCUUCUAUCUGAUUUUGACGUCCAGUCCGAUAAUCAUGUGUGAACCUACUUUGGGGCCAAGAAUUGGGUAUCUGCCCCUCUUGAUACCUGUUAUAAAGGCUCAUUUCAGCAACACCCUCCCACCUGGUGUGGACACUGUUUGGUUUGAAUAUAAAGGGCUGCCACUAAAAUGGUAUGUACCUAUUGGAGUUCUUUUUGACCUUCUAUGUGCAGAUCCAGAAAGACCAUGGAAUCUAAUAGUUCAUUUUAGGGGGUAUCCCUCAGAAAUUUUAUCACCAUGUGAGGGUGAAGAUAGUGUGAAAUGGACCUACAUGAAUUCCCUGAAAGAGGCCACCUUCAUCAUUACUGGGAACAGUAAGAGUGUGAUGAAUAUGUCCCAGGCUGAUCAAAUUGCCCUGUGGGAAUCUGUAAUGAAAGUUAACUUAGAUGGAUAUAAGAAUGUCUCAACCAGGCUUAAGCUUGGACCAUUUGAAGAGGAUGGCUUAGUACAAACUCCUUCCGUAGAGCGUCAACAAAGUUCUGAUGAGCCUGAAUCUCCUGGAUCUGGCAAACCAUGCAGGGUCCCUGUUCGAUUAUAUGUGCGCAGUGUUCAAGAAGACCUUGAAGAUAUAGAAGAUGCAAUACCUCUUAGUGACUGGGAAAGCGUGUCCUAUAUAAAUCGGCCAUUCGAGAUUCGGAAGGUUGAAGGUAGAAGCUACAUUACCCUGGAACAUGCGUUGCAAACAUUGCUUCCUGAAUUCUUCAGCUCAAAGCCCGCAAUUAGAGCUGAUGAUUCUCAACAUGUGGAGGCAUUGGAUUCACCUCCUGAUGAUUCAGAUAUCACUAACUCUUCAAGAAGUUCUCAGGAGGUGGAACAAGCUUCGGUAAGUUUGCGGGAGGCAGAUAUUGCCAAGAAAGCUAAAGUGAAGCUAGUAAGGGUGCAGGGCAUAGAGCUCGACAUGGACAUCCCGUUCCUCUGGGUUGCCAAUAACUUGAAGAACCCUGAAUACUACCUCCACAUUUCUGUAUAUGUCGGUAAAAGAAAACAAUAGCCCGAGAG